UUUUCUCGACGAAUUCCUUUUGGAGAUUUCGGAAUCCCUUUAGAAAAGAGCUAAAGAACCAAACUUUUAAGUGAAGAGUGUAGAUUUCUUUUUCAAUGCUUAGCUAUGAGAGGGUGCCUGCAGGUUCGUAAUUAUCUUUUUUGUAGGAAUGAUGAAAUAAUAAUAAAAAAAAUUAUGGCAUCCUUUCAAAGAUUUGUUCAACUGCAGGUUUACUUGACAUUCCGAAUUUCCCCUUCUACGUUCCAAAUUUUCGUUUGCCAGCUAAGUUCCAGGCUUUCGCGGUCCAAGCCCUCGAUUUAACAUGGCGGAUGCUGGUACUGGCAAAGUUGGAUUACGAAAGUUUACGACUGAUGUGUCUUUAUACGAAAGAGGGAGGCCGGAAUACUCAGAGGAAUCCGUUGAAUUUCUUCUCAAUCGUGUCGACGCGUUGGCUUCUGACAACCAAGAGCCGAUAAAACUUUUGGAGAUUGCAGCUGGAACUGGGAAAUUUACACGAGCGAUGGUUCGGGUUCUGGCGGCAAAGAAAGCAAACGUGGAUAUAAUUGCCAGUGAUUCUCAGGAGGUGAUGUGCGACAUGUUUCGACGCGUUGUACCUGGCAUUGAAAUGUUGCGCUUUCCAGCAGAGAACAUUGCGCUUCCAGAUGAGAGCGUUCCAGUAGUUAUUUGUGCCCAGUCAUUUCACUGGUUUGCUAGCGAAAAGUCAGUUGCUGAAGUUUGUCGUGUUCUUAAACCAGGAGGCAAGUAUGGUAUGAUCUGGAACCACAGAGAUUGGUCUGUUCCGUGGGUGAGGGCUAUACAGGACAUAGUCGAUCCAUUUGUGAGACAGAAGGAUAUGCCAGCAGAUCCUAGAGAACUACAAUGGAUGGAGAGUAUAGAUAAGUCUGGCAAAUUUACAACUGUAGAAAGGGACACUAACUUUAGAAUUUAUCUGGAAGGAGACAUUGAUAAAAUAGUGUCUGUUAUAAUGUGUAUAAGUGCUAUAACCCAGAGUAGUGAAGAAAAGAGGGCUAUGGCUGAAUCUAAUAUCAGAGAUAUUCUUACAAAUCACCCAGAUCUGAAAGGAACCCAAGUGUACAAGCUACCAUAUAUCACAGAUAUUUGUUGGUGUACAAAGAAAUAACAAGACUCACAAAGGUAAUAAAAAAUCAACUCAGUGUUAGUAAUUUGAAAGAAUUACAAAGGGGGAAUAAAUUUUGAUGAUUUGAAAAACCUAUAGAACAGGGAUCUGAAUCAAAUAAUUUAAUUGGCAUAGUACUGCAAGGUUCAGCAUCUGCUGUAACUUCGUUGGCCGAGGUUAGUUGGUUGAAUGUUGGGGUUUUAUUUGUUUAGUAGUCUAGUGGCAAGCACUAACAGUUGAUGGCAAAUUACCUUGGGUAAUAACAAAGUCAUGGUCAAAAAUGUCUAUUGAUUCAAGCUAACAGACUAUUUAUCCCUGAUUUGAUCUGAAUUGUUAGUGUAGUAAAUCAAUGCACCAUGGAUUAGUGGCAAUCCCAGUGGCUAUUAACCCUUUAAAUCCCAGGGGUGAUCAAAAUAAAAUUUCUCAUCACAAUACCAAUACAUUAUCAAGCAAACAGGUGAUAAGUCAAUAAAGAAAAUCAUCACUUAAGUGACACUGUCCAGAUGUACCACCAGUUUCUCAUAACUGAUAUUAAAAGAACUGUAUGGCUGUAAGUAAGAAGAAAUCACAUUUUGAACUUGGGACUGAACUAAAAGAUUAAGAAAACUAUUUUAUAGUAAAUGUACUGCAGGCUAGUACAUUUCCAAAGUAGCUGUCUCAGUGGUUAUAAAUUCAGUGUAAGAGAUUUCCUGCUUCAGUAUAUAUACUAACAGUAAGUGUGUUGUAGGUUAGUGAAUGCAAGGUUGAAUGUUGUGUACAUGUACAUGUACUCCCUGUGCAUUUCAAACAGUUACAUGAGAUUGAGCAAUAGGUACUCAUGCUUCUUUCUGCUUGAAAAUAUACGUAGUUAACAAUUUACAUGUACUAAAGAAAAAUGCAAGCCGGCUCUUUACUUGUGGCAAUAGCGAUACAAUUCUUCACCCAAUAAUGAAAAUGAAAGUAAGGUGUUUGAUUGAAAGUUUGAAUGUAUCAUAAAGUUAUACAGUGUGGCUAGUAAUAAUUUAAUCACUUAUGAUGUGGGAGACAUUAUUACAAUAAUAAACUAAUACUGAAUAAUCACAGAUUAUGCUAGGGCCACUUGCAGCCUGCAGUAUAAGAUGGAUUAUAUGAAGAUAAAGGAGACAAAUAGGUUGGUAACACAUUGUUAUAUGAGGCGACUGUUCUGAAGUAUAUUUGUUAUUUAUGAUCAUAACAAUAAAAUUGCACAUUGCAUUAUCUUUUCCCACAAAUCUCAUGCAAUAUUAUUUGGAGAAGUACUUGAUUAUCAGUUUAUCCCAAAGAUGUUUCAUUUUGAUAAUCCUUCAGGAUCUUCAUAAAUACUCUUGGACCCUGUAAGGAUCCUGCCAUGAUCCUCAAGGAAUCCUGUUAAGAACUUUUUUAAAGCUCCUGGGUAAAUUCUUAUCACAUCUUUGAUGUUGCUGAAAGAUCCUUGCAAAGAUCUUUACACUAAUCUUUGCUGUGAUCUUUGUUGAGAUUCUCUUCAUAUAGAAGGCCAUCAAGGAAUGUCCUGCAAGGCUCAUCAGGUAAGCCAGGCAAUAGUAAACCCAAUGAGGAACAGUAGUCAAGACUGAGAUAAUUAUCUGAAUGACACUUGAGAACUCACAAAGAUUUGGCUUUGAGAAGAAUAAUUUUAUGAAAGCUUAUGGUAAAGACAAAACCAACCUAGUUACAACAUUGAGCAAUUAUUUUACAUAACCACCAUCCUAAUGGUGUAUUCAAGUUAGGAAUUGGACACUUCUUAAUGUAUCAUUGUAUGAGUGAAUUCAAAGCAUAGGCACACAUUCAGUCACAACAUAACAUGUAUUUAUGGUAACGCAGCUAGUUUAUGAGUACAUAUGCUGCUAUGUGAAAGAAUGAAGGUUGUAGGAAGUUAGACAAUUAUUAUAAACUAUAACUUGAUGUAUUGUACAACAAAAUAUUCUCACUUUAUAUUAGAUAAUACAGCAGUGAUAUUUAUGCAUGAAUGGUUCAUAUGUGAACUGUCACUGACUUGAGGUAGUGACUACACUUUCCUUACAGCUUGGAGCAUUAGCGAACAAUUGAAUUUUGAAAGCCUUUUUACACUGGUAGCUUUGCUUUGUACACAUGGCUGAUUCCAGGGUGUGCACAUAAAACUGUUUCCUUAGGAAGGUUUAAAAAACAAUUUAUUUGCAUAAAUACUUGUUAAACCCGCCCCGUUUCCCACAGACUAAUGAUGAUGAUGAUGACAACAAUGACGAUGACAAUGACGAUGAUGACAGCAGUCACCAAAACUCAGCCAUUUCUGGAAAUUUGCCCCUAUGAUGGUUAAAACUAUCUUUUUUCUACACAAAGCUUUAAUUUGACUGUAAAGUAUUGACCUUGUGAGGGAGACCAUGACCUGGUCCACCCAACCUGCCGUCUAGACUACAGUGUAGCCAUCGGGUAUUGCCACAUGGGUCAUUUUCUGUUAGAAACCUUUCCACAAAUGCCUUGAUAAGCAGGAUCCUGUUACGCCUUGACAUUCCACAUCAAGAUUUCUGCAUGGCUUGUUGAACACAGCAAUUCCCCUGAUGGUGCAAACUUUACAUUGUUAACAACAUCACAGUGUCCCAGAAAGUCUUGAAAACUUCCCUCACUGUAGUCCAUAAGUUUGACAAGUCGU